GCAGUGUUGCAUUUUCGGCUUAUCAAUCAACUGCUAAAAGUUACAAACAACACGAAACAUGGAUCUUCGAUACAGUUCUCGUCAACGACGGGAAUUCAUAUGAGAAGACAACAGGAAUCUUUACCGCACCUUCUGACGGGACAUAUGGGUUUACCUGGGCAACAUUAACAGAUCCAAAUAAAAUGGCUCAUCCCUUCCUGAGAGUUAAUGGGCACUAUAAAGGAUAUACUGCAUUCAACAGUUUAGCCGUUCCAAAGAAAUUCUGGAAUAGCGGCUCUAAUACGGUACUUGUUCGACUGAAGAAAGGUGACAAGGUCAACAUUGCUUCAGGAUAUAGGAACGAGUUUGCCAGGGAAAAUUACACUUCGUUUUCGGGAUGGAAGAUACAAUAA